CUCAGUCCAUCAGCAGAUCCAAGAGUUCCUGAAGUCAGAGAACAGAUCAAAGAAGGAACUCUCCUUGAUCCAGUGCUCAGCUCUGGCCUACAUGCUGCAGAUGUCAGAGGAGGUUCUGGAUGAGUUGGACCUAAACCAGUACAAAACAUCAAAGGAGGGACAAUGGAGACUGAUCCCAGCUGUGAGGAACUGCAGAAAGGCUCAACUUUCUGGCUGUGGACUCACAAAGACUCACUGUGUAGUUGUGGCCUCAGCUCUGAAGUCCAAUCCGUCACAUCUGAAACAUCUGGAGCUGAGUAGCAAUGACCUGCAGGACUCAGUGGAGGUUCUGUGUGCUGGACUGGAGAGUCCUCACUGUCGACUGGAGACUCUGAGAUUGAGUGGCUGCAGUUUGUCAGAGAGCAGCCGUGAUUCUCUGGUCUCAGCACUGAAGUCCAACCCAUCACAUCUGACACAUCUGGACCUGAGCUACAACAACCUGCAGGAUUCAGGAGUGAAGCAGCUGUGUCGUUUUCUGGAGAGUCCUCACUGUCGACUGGAGACUCUGAGACUGAGUGUGUGUGACCUGUCAGAGAGAAGCUGUGAAGCUCUGUCCUCAGUUCUCAGCUCUCAGUCCUCUAGUCUGAGAGAACUGGACCUGAGUAACAACAACCUGCAGGAUUCAGGUGUAAAGCUACUGUCUGCUGGACUGAAGAGUCCUCACUGUCGACUGGAGACUCUCAGGCUGUCAGGCUGUCUGCUCUCAGAGGAAGCUUGUGUCUCUCUGGCCUCAGCUCUGAGCUCCAACCCCUCCCAUCUGAGAGAGCUGGACCUGAGCUACAAUCAUCCAGGAGACUCAGGAGUGGAGCUGCUGUCUGCUGGAGUCAAGGAUCCACACUGGAGACUGGACAUUCUCAGGGUGGAGCCUGGUGGAGUCCGAUGGUUGACACCAGGUCUGAGCAAGUAUUUCUGUCAACUCACCAUCGACACAAACACAGUGAACGGGAAACUACAACUGUCUGACAACAACAGGAAGGUGGCACUAGUGGAGGAGAAUCAGUCAUAUCCUGAUCAUCCAGACAGAUUUAACCAAUGUCAUCAGCUGCUGUGUAGUAAUGGUCUGACUGGUCGCUGUUACUGGGAGGUUGAGUGGAGAGGAAUGGUUUAUAUAUCAGUGAGUUACAGAGGAAUUGGAAGGAAAGGAGACAGUGAUGACUGUGUGUUUGGAGGCAUCGAUCAGUCCUGGAGUCUGUUCUGCUCUGAUGUUAGUGGUUACUUUGUCAGUCACAACAACAUAGUAACAUUCAUCUCCUCCUCUGUGUCUCACAGAGUAUCAGUGUAUGUGGACUGUCCUGCUGGUUCUCUGUCCUUCUACAGAGUCUCCUCUGACAAACUAAUCCACCUUCACACCUUCAACACCACAUUCACUGAACCUCUUUAUCCUGGGUUUGGGUUCUUUUCUCCUGGUUCCUCAGUGUCUCUGUGUGAUGCGUCGUAGUGAGAGUUUGAUCCUGUCACAGAAACGUUGUCACUGUUGAACAUAGUUCAGUCUGUUCACGUCUGUCUUGUUUUCAGAUUCAUGUAUUAAACCAGUUUCUUUCUGAACCAGU